AUUGGCGGUCUUGGACCAGAACCCAGCCGUCUCUGGGUCUCGCAUGCGGCAUCGUCGAGCCGGAAGAGCCCCGCAGCCGCAAGAAAGGAGCGAGAACAUGGACGGAUACCCGGCACCGAUGGUGAUGCGCCGGACUUGGAGACCCCCGAUGAUGUGGUUCGAUGGAUGCACAGGGCCAUUACUGAGCAUCGGAACGGCCCGCUCGAGCAACUCAUCCAGUGUGUGGUCAAUCUCUCGCUAUCACCGCCGGCGUCGGCCUCUCGACGCCGGCGAGCCGAUGCGCAAAAGGAAGACCCAAAGCCGCAAAUCAGCCCCGAGACGGUCGUACUCCUGGCCGAAGGCGUGCCCUCCAAGAUGGCGGCCGAGCUCGACCCCACCUUCGUUAGGCCACCUCUGAGUCCCGUUUACUCGAAGCGGCGCCCAUUUCUACCCAAGCCAACGCCGUCACAGUCUCGGACCAUGUACCAGAAGAUGGAGAAGGCGGUUGAUCAAGCACUUUCCGAGGAGCGACGACAGCGCGCUGCCCGGGAGGCCGCCGAGCAAGAUAAACGGGCCCGGCUCCGCGAAAAAGAUCAGCAGGAGGCCAAGUUGGCGCUUGCCGAUAUCCGGCAAAAGUCGCUGAUCGAGCAAAUGUCGCAAAAGAUCCGCGACGCCUAUGUGGCUCUGGAAAAGCGCCGCUCGAGUUUGAAUGUUGUCAGCGAGGCAGCAGCGCCGGCGACGCCAGCCCCUCAGCCCGCUCCGGUCGAACCCGAGAUCAUUCCGACACCGAAGCAACAGCCGGCUCGAGAGACACCCAGCGCCGACUGGAACGAAGGCUACGAGCAGGUCGAGCGCAUUGUGACCCGGCGGCCGUCCAUAUCGGGCUUUGUCGGCAGUGUCAUUGCCGAUCUGAUGCGGGAGAGCUCGGAUCGGCCGCUCACACGGUCGACAACAGCCACAGGCGGGCAGCACAGCGAAGUGCCGUCUCGGAUGACCACCUCGAGCCGGAGUGGGCACGACACCUCUGGCCGAGACCACGGAUUUGCUCGGACACCGUCGCUGGUCAGGACAGCGACGAGCGACAACAGCCGAUCCAAGGCAGCCAGCACACUGCAGGCCGUCCCGGAAUGGUCAUUAGCUGGAGCCCAGGUUGCAGAGUCAAGGGAGGGAAUUGGGCCGGCUGAUCUCUCCGAAAGGGGAAGACAGAAUGCUCGCCGGCUGCGAGAGUCCAUCCAAAGAGACGCUGAGCAGCACGGCCAGAGCACAUCUUCGGGCACCGACGAACAGACAUGACCAAGCCGCCGCCAUGAACAUGUUGUACCGCCGCUCGCGUGGGAACAGGCAGAGCAGCCAUGGUCGCUCCGCCAAUACAGAUGCCGAACGGGUGCCCCCUCCCUUGC